AUGCAGAGACCUCAUUCUGAUCCUCGUCCUCGUCCUGGUCCUGAAUUGCAGAAGCAUCAUGCUGGUGGACCCACUGUCGCAGGCUUGACCACCAAACAGCCUGCGGAAGAGGGCAGCAAUUUGACCUUUUACCCAGCCUAUGCCUUCAAGGCGUCUGCAACCUGGUCGAAAUGGGUGAAACUGACCUGUCUUGACAUCCACACCGUGUUGGAACGCCAUGAGAAGUUUUCUCAGGUCACUACCCCCAUAGCGGUUGAAGGUAGCGACAUCCACGGCCGACAGAAGGACCCGCCGUUACUGCUCUUCUACCUCAACCAUCCCAUCCAAUUUGUUCAGGUGGUUGGUGUGGUGGUCUCACUGGAGGACUACUUUGAGAAGUUCUGGCUUUUCAAGAUUGACGACAGCAGCGGGGCCAUCAUUGAUGUGACAUGUCCCAAACCCGAGAAGAAGCAAGUCGAUCUGAACACCGGACCAGGCAACGCAGGGCCUAAGCGCGAAACAGGAGCUGUGAGACCGGUGGACCAGAAUCCAACUUCGAAACCAAAGUCCAAUCCCAACUCUGGAGAAGAUGAAGAAAUCGGUGAAGACGCACAGCUUCAACGCACCCUGUCUCGUCUCGAUAUCGGAUCCAUCGUGCAAGCCAAAGGCACCCUCUCUACAUUCCACGCCACGCGGCAACUCUCCCUCCUGCGUCUGAAUAUACUCUUCACCACAAACCAUGAAAUGGCGCUGAUCGCCUCACGCACACAAUUCCUCCUGUCGACUCUCUCUAGACCCUGGGUAUUGACACGGGAGGAACAGAGGAAACUGUGCGACGAAGCACACCGCGAGCGGAACGACGACAUUGAUCGGGCGAAGAGGAGGAAGAUGCGCGAGGCAAAAAGAAAGGAGAGAGAGGAAAGGCACCGACAUGUCAUUGAGAAGGAGUAUGACAUGGAAGAAAUACUGAGAAAGAAGGAGGGAGACGAGGCUCGAAAAUGGGGAGAAGCGCUCAAAAGGGACCAAGCGAAGAACAUCACGUCUGCAAAUUGA